AUGAGCGAAAUCCAGUUGAAUGAACUGUCAUAUGGUGGGCAGGAACUGAAUAGUAGCCACUCCGGAUAUGAUGGCCAAGAGGAAGCAGAAACGGUUGAUCACAGUGUAGAAGAUUUUCCAGGGAUGAUGACAGAAGAAGAUACAAGUCAGACAUUGGAGAGAUUGCAGACCCUAUCCAGAGAGAUUUCAAGGCGAACUUCCCGAGAUGGUGAUAUUGCAGUUGAUCCAAGAGACUUUGAUUUGUAUAAUCUUCUCGAGAAGGUUAUCGUAUCUUCAGCCAAACAAGGUAUUAAAGAAUGUCAUGCAGGUGUUUCUUUUGAAGAAUUGUCUGUUUAUGGUAAAGAUGAGACAUACUCGAUUGUACCUACGGUAGGGGACAUUUUAAAGGGACCCUAUACUGUUUUCAAGGCUAUCACAAGUAAGAAAGUACCUGAUCGUGCCAUCCUUCAUGAAAUAAAUGGAUUGGCUAGAAGUGGUGAAAUGGUUUUGGUGCUUGGGAGACCAGGUGCUGGAUGCUCAACAAUGUUGAAGGCUCUUAGCGCAACUGACCGUCAUUUAUACACCCGUUUUGAAGGAGAGAUCAAAUAUGAUAAUGUUCCUUUAAAGGAGAUGGUAAAGACUUUCAAAAGUGACUUAAUUUAUUGUCCUGAGUUGGACACUCAUUUUCCUCAUUUGACGGUAGCCCAAACAUUGAGAUUCGCCAUUGCUUCAAAAGCCCCUGCAGUCAGAAUUAAUGGAGCCAGCAGAGAAAAAUAUAUCGAAGUCACGAAGGAUGUAUUGAAUGCUGUAUUUGGAUUAGGUCAUGUUGAGCAUACUAAGGUUGGAAAUGACCUCGUUCGAGGUGUUUCGGGUGGUGAAAGAAAAAGAGUCUCCAUUGCUGAGGCUCUUUCAUGUCGUGGAUCUAUUUAUUGCUGGGAUAAUGCUACUAGGGGAUUGGAUGCCUCGACUGCGCUCGAAUAUACUAGAGCUGUUAGGACUGCCACGAAUCUCUUAAAGCACACUGCUUUUGUAGCUAUCUACCAAGCAGGAGAAAAUGUAUAUAAUACAUUUGAUAAAGUUACAGUACUCUAUUCUGGUCGUCAAAUAUAUUUUGGGCCAGUUACAGAGGCCAAGGCAUAUUUCGAAAAUAUGGGAUUUAUAUGCCCAGCUCGACAAGCUACAGCUGAGUUCUUGACCGCCAUCACUGAUCCUAUAGGAAGGUUUCCAAAAGCAGGGUAUGAAGACAAAGUUCCAAGAACUGCUGAAGAUUUUGAAAGAUACUGGCAGCAGUCAGAUGAAUACAAGCGUCUAAAGCAAGAAAUUGAUGAACACAAUAAGUCUUUCAACCAAAAUGAUACUUUGAACGUGUUCCGUACGGCCAAAAAACAGGACACAAUGAGAUAUCAGAGGCCAAAGUCAAAAUACACUGUUAAUUACACGUAUCAACUCAAGCUAUGUUUUAUCAGAGGCUUGCAGAACAUAUGGGGUGAUAAAGCUUAUACUCUUAUUCAAAUUAUUGCAGCUAUCUCUCAAGGAUUGAUCGCAGGUUCGUUAUAUUACAAUACUCCAGGAACGGUUUCGGGUGCAUUUUCCAGAGGUGGAGUCAUUUUUUUCAGUACCUUGUAUGUCUCCUUAAUGGGAUUAGCACAGGUUUCAGCUUCCUUUAGUUUGAGACCGAUAUUGAUGAAGCAGAAAAACUACUCGAUGUACCAUCCUUCUGCAGAGGCAAUAGCGUCUGCUCUUACUUCAGUUCCCGUUGCUUUAAUUGUCUCCUUCUUUUUCGUGGUCGUGAUAUACUUCCUUUCAAACUUAGCUGUUGAGGCUGGCAAGUUCUUUAUUUGUUGGCUAUUUGUUUUUCUCCUUUCAUUAACAAUGUCUGCCAUGUUUGAAGCUGUUGCUUCUCUCAACAAGACAAUUGCCACUGCUAAUGCAUUUGCUGGUGUUUUGGUACUAGCAUCUUUGAUGUAUUCUUCUUAUAUGAUUCAACGGCCCUCGAUGCAUCCAUGGUUCAAGUGGAUAUCAUAUAUUAAUCCUAUUUUAUAUGCUUUCGAAGCAGUGGUCUCUUCAGAAUUCCAUGGUCGUAAGAUGGAAUGUGAUGGAACUUAUUUGGUUCCCACAGGUCCCGGUUAUACAUCUUUGUCUAACGGAGAGCAAGCUUGUGCCUUUAAAGGAUCAGUUCCUGGUCAAUCGUGGGUAUCUGGUGAUUCUUACAUAUCUACUGCAUUUUCCUACUCAUUCAGUCAUGUCUGGAGAAAUCUUGGGAUUCUUAUUGGCUUUUUAGUUUUUUUCAACUUUGUGAAGGCUCUUGGUAUGGAACUUGUGAAACCAAUAAGCGGUGGUGGUGAUAAACUUCUUUUCUUGAGAGGUCCAGUACCUAGCAAUGUUGUUUUACCGACGGAUAUCGAUGAUUCAUCAGACAUUGAAAAUCAAUCCUCGACAUCGAAGAACUUAGAAAAAUUCGAUAAAGGUGAAGAUUCUGAUAGUGUAUUUGAGGACUUGAAAUCAAAGGAUAUGUUCACCUGGAAGGAUGUUAAUUAUGUUGUAAAGUAUGAUGGUGAGGACCGUACUCUUUUAGAUAGCAUAUCGGGAUAUUGUGUUCCUGGUACAUUGACUGCAUUGAUGGGAGAGUCUGGUGCAGGUAAGACCACUUUACUUAAUGCAUUGGCUCAAAGACUUGAUACAGGAAUUAUUACUGGAGAUAUGUUGGUGAAUGGUAAGCCCUUAGAUUUGUCAUUUAGUCGUCGUACAGGGUAUGUGCAACAGCAGGAUAUUCAUUUAUCAGAUAGUACAGUGAGAGAGGCCUUGCAAUUUGCUGCUAGAAUGAGAAGAUCUAGAGAUACAAGCGAUCAAGAAAAAUUGGAGUACGUUGAAAAAAUAAUUAAAGCUUUAGAAAUGGAACUUUACGCCGAUUCCAUAGUUGGUCAACUUGGAAAUGGACUUAAUGUUGAACAAAGAAAAAAGCUAUCAAUUGGCGUCGAAUUGGUUUCUAAACCAUCUCUUUUAUUAUUUUUAGAUGAGCCCACUUCAGGCUUAGAUUCCCAAUCUGCAUGGUCCGUUGUUAGAUUAUUGACAAAAUUGUCGAAUGCUGGUCAAUCAAUCUUAUGCACCAUACAUCAACCGUCGGCAACUUUGUUUGAGCAGUUUGAUAGAUUGUUAUUAUUAAGAAAGGGUGGCCAAACGGUGUAUUUUGGAGAUAUUGGUGAACAUUCACGUACCAUUUUAGAUUAUUUCGAGCGUAAUGGUGCUAGAAAAAGUGAUGACUCUGAGAAUCCUGCCGAAUACAUCUUGGAAGCCAUAGGAGCUGGCGCAACUGCAGUUACGGAUAGAGAUUGGUUUUCGAUAUGGAAUAAGUCUCCUGAAAAGAAGAGAGCUGACAUUGAGAGAGAAGAAUUAAUCGAAAAGUAUUCUAAAAAUAACAAUUCUUCUUACUCUGAAAGGGAGUUGAAACAAAUGUCAAAAACUUAUGCUAGUCCCUUCUGGUAUCAGUUCGUGUAUUUGCUUCGCAGAAAUGCUCUUACUUUCUGGAGAACACCCGAAUACAUCGCUGCCAAGACCUUUUUGAUGACUUUUUCAGGUUUAUUCAUAGGUUUUACUUUUUUCGGCUUAAAAAGUUCAUUAACUGGUAUGCAAAAUGCGUCAUUUGCAGGUUUUUUGACUGUUGUUGUUUCUGCUCCUGUUAUCAAUCAAAUACAGGAGCAUGCUAUGAAAAGUAGAGAUUUAUACGAAGGAAGAGAAAGAUUUUCGAAGACUUACCAUUGGUCAUUGAUGAUCAUUGUCCAGGCAUUUAACGAAUAUCCGUAUCUUGUUUUUGGAGCAUCCCUCAUGUUUGUAUCUUUAUAUUUUCCGACUCAGGCGGAUACUUCAGGUCCACACGCUGGAGUCUUCUAUUUGACUGAAAGUAUAUUCUUGCAGACUUUUGUCAUCACGUUUGGUUUGUUGAUUCUUUUCAUCGCACCGGAUCUACCAUCUGCAGCAAUUUUGACGUCGUUCUUUUACACUUUCAUUGUGGCUUUCAGUGGAAUUGUCCAGCCUGUGCAUUUGAUGCCUGGAUUUUGGACUUUCAUGAAUAAGGUCAGUCCAUAUACAUAUUUCAUACAGAACUUGGUGUCUACUUUCUUGCACGAUAGAAAGGUGAUAUGCGAUGAUGUGGAGUUUGCAUAUUUCAAUCCUCCUAAGGGACAAACUUGUGAACAGUUCACUGCCCCUUACUUGAAGCAAGCUUUUGGCUACAUUGCUAAUCCAGAUGCAACAAGUCAAUGUCGCUACUGUACAUUUAAAGUCGGGGAUGAAUAUUUAAGCUCAAUUAAUGCAAGCUACUCAUACAUUUGGAGAAACGUUGGUUUCUUCUGUGUUUAUGCUAUAUUCAACCUUGGACUAGUUUUAGUCUUAUACUGGUUCUUCAGGGUAAGACAAGGUCCUUUGUUGCCUUCAAUUCUGUCUUUGCCUUUUUUGAAAAAGAAGAGCAAAAGCAAAUGA